AUGAAAUUCAUCGCCGCGUCUCUUCUCCUCGCCGCCAGCUCGGUUUUCGCCGCUCCAGCCAACUCCAAACGGGAAAAUUCCAUCUCAAUUAGCGAUUUCAGGGCCUCGGCAACCACAUAUUCCUCUGCUACUAUGCAUUUCGUGGUAAUUGAUCCGAACUACCCAGAUGACACUCCCACCGAUUGCAACUUAAUCUGGAGCUACGGAGCUUCGCCAAAACAAAGCGCCCGAUGCAACAACGGCCAAUACUACAUUAAAUUUCCUGAUGGCGCUAUUAACUUCCACAGUUUCACUUUGGAGCUUGAGCGAGUUUCUGGCCCGAUCGCCGAGAAGGGUCAGGUCUCUCUCGAGUCUGGGACCAAGUGGACUUGCGUUGAAAACCCCGAAGAUCAAGUUCUGAUUCGCUGUGGCUGUAGUGAUGUGCUCACCAUGAACAUUUAA